CUUCCUCUACCUCUCGGCGACGCUCGCGUCUCCAUUGGUCUGGCUCCCCUCACGGCGAAACCCUAGCUCUUGAGGGUUCUUAAUCGGCCGGAUUAAGUUUCUGUUGCGCCCCCUCCGCCGUUCUGAUUGAGACUUCAUGAUCGAAUCGAGCCACGACGUGAUUUGCGCUUGACAUGGACCAGUAUGAAAAGGUGGAGAAGAUCGGCGAAGGGACAUAUGGAGUGGUGUACAAGGCUCGGGACCGUCUAACUAAUGAGAUGAUUGCCCUCAAGAAGAUUCGGCUUGAGCGGGAAGAUUUGGGGGUCCCCGGCACCGCCAUCCGAGAGGUCUCACUUUUGAAGGAGAUGAAGCAUGACAACAUAGUCAGGUUGCAUGACGUAGUGCACAGUGAGAAAAGUAUAUACCUUGUUUUUGAGUAUAUGGACAUGGACUUGAAGAAGCACAUGGAUUCCCAUCCAGAAUUUUUUAAAGAUACAUGUUUAAUAAAAUCAUUUCUCUGCCAAAUUUUACGUGGUAUUGCAUACUGCCAUUCUCAUAGAGUUCUUCACCGUGAUUUGAAACCUCAGAACCUACUGAUUGAGAAGCGUACUAAUACCCUAAAGCUUGCAGACUUUGGGCUAGCAAGGGCAUUUGGUAUUCCUAUCCGAACAUUUACACAGGAGGUUGUGACCUUGUGGUAUAGGGCACCAGAAAUUCUCCUUGGGUGUCACCAGUACUCUACCCCUAUUGAUGUGUGGUCAGUAGGUUGUAUUUUUGCAGAAAUGGUGAACCAAAAACCACUGUUCCCUGGAGAGUCCGAGAUUGAUCAAUUGCGUACAAUUUUCAGAGUUUUAGGAACUCCAAAUGAAGAAACUUGGCCAGGAGUUACUUCAUUCCCUGACUUCAAAUCUUCUUUUACCAUAUGGCGUCGUCGGGAUCUGGCAACAGUGGUGCCUACGCUUGAACCAGCAGGAAUUGAUCUUCUCUCGAAAAUGCUCUGCUGGGAACCAGGCAAAAGAAUCCAUGCUCGUGAGGCUCUUCAACACGAGUAUCUAAAGGAUCUUGGAGCAGUCCCAUGACCGGAAUUUUCAGCCUAUCGUGUAUGACCUUCAGAAGCCGAAACCAUGAGGUCCAAACUCUCCGCUCUUAAUGUGUGAAAUGUUGUUUGCUUUGUACAGGGAUCGUAGUCUUCAUAGAAUAUGUUUGGAUCCGAAGCACAAUUUUAACUCGGAGUUUGUGCUUGAUUCUCUCGAAACACCAACUCUCAAACAGUUUUCAGUUUUCA